AUUAUUCAAUCCAUUGAUUCACGAAAUUUUCUGUCACAUGCUGAUUAUAAUAAUCUUCGAAUUCUUCAUCCUAAACCAAAAAAUCUUGUUGGGUCAAGGAGUCUUGGAGGUGAGAAUGUUGUUGAGACAAGGAAGUUUGUUGAAACUGAAGGUGCUGUUAAAGUGGGAGAUUUUGAAGUAGGAGGUGUUGUUGAAAUGGAAGGUAAUGUUGGAACAGAAGGUCUUGUUAGGACUAGAGAUAUUGCUGGGCAGGAGGUUUUGUUAGAACAGGAG